AUGGAACACAAUUACAACUUCAAUCCGUCCUUUAUAAAGCUGUUGAUGGAAGAUGAUUUGGCGAGAGAAAUUCGGAUUCCCUAUGCUUUUGUGAGGAAUUUCAAGGAAAAGCUUUCCUCAAGAUGCACAAUCAAAUCCGAGGCAAAGAACUCAGUUCGAAAAUCAUGGCCAGUAAGAAUUCGAAAGAAAGGUUGCUACUAUUAUAUUUGCAAACUUUCGUGGCCAAAAUUUGUUAAAGAUCAUCAUUUGAAGCUUGGAGAUUACCUGUUAUUUCAUCUGAUAGAUAAAACAACAUUUAGAGUAAAGCCAUAUGGUGCCGAUUGUUCCCCAAAAAAGUUUAAUGUACACAAAUCCUCCAGUAGCUCCAGUGAUGAUGAAUCUGGUGAUGGCUCUGAGGAACGCUUUGAUGAUAGUGGUGAAACUGAAUUUUACGGAGAUGAUGGAAUAAGGCCAUCAAAAGUUCAUCGUGCUAGAAAAAAGGUUUACACUAAAUAUCAGAUUGAUCGUGAUAAUUUUCGUUCUAAUAAAUUCAGGAAGUUGAGGAAAACAAGAAAGUCAGGUGUUGGGAAGCAAGUUCUUGAAAUUGAAAGUGAAGACGGAGAAGAAGUAGAAGCAAACGAGACGGAUGGUUAUUUUGAUUUAAAUGCGGAGAAUCCCUAUUUUAUUUUGAGACUGAAGCAGUAUCAUAUGCACAGAUUGCUUGAAGGAUUUAUUAGCAAGGAAAAUAAAUACCUACAAAGUUCAAGAAAGCUGGUGAAAAAUAUUCCAAGACCAUUUUCCAGGGCAACAAAACUAGCGAUGGAGAAAGAGGUGGUCCUUCGCGGCGAAGACCAGAGGGAGUGGCCGGUAAAGAUCAAUGAGAGGAGUGAAAUUGGAAAAGGAUGGACUGAAUUUCGCAAAGCAUACAAAUUGGAGAAAGGAGAGAUUUGCCGGUUCACCUUACUUGAGCGAUCUGCAAGGAAGAAUGGGCAUGAGAUGUUGAAAGGUGCUCCUUAA